AUGGGAUUAUUGGCAUCUAUGGAAGAUCCUAAACUACGGGUAGAAGCCGAUGAUAAAAUAGUAAUUAUUAAAGAUAAAUAUCCCAAGGCAAAAUACCAUUUUUUGGUUCUUCCAAAAGAAAAGAUUCCUAACAUGAAGAGUGUCAACAAAGAUCAUAUUCAGUUGUUGAAACAUAUGCAUGACAAAGGAACAGAAAUUGCUGAAAAGUCUGACAGUAAUUUACAGUUUAGGUAUGGCUAUCAUGCUAUCCCAAGUAUGGGGCAACUUCAUCUUCAUGUCAUCAGUCAGGAUUUCAACAGUCCAUGUCUGAAAACCAAAAAACAUUGGAACUCUUUUGUAACUGAAUACUUUAUUGAUUCUACUGAAAUUAUUAAACAACUUGAAGAUAAAGGAAAAAUUGAAGUUGAUAAGUCAAAAAAUGAGGAACUGCUGAAGAAAAACUUAAGGUGCCAUGUAUGUAAGGCAACACAAAGCAACAUGCCAACCCUAAAGGCACACAUAGCAACUCACAACUAUAAUAAAAAGAAAUAG